AUGAAUUCACACGAUAUCGACGAUAUCCCCGAGCCACCCCGCCGAUUCUCACAUCCAAACCGUCAGGAUUCCUCCGUCACACCAGGCGUCGACAAUCUUGGCCCCUCCUCCGUUGGCGGCGGAAUCAGUGGGAUAGCACUCGGCAUUGCCAACACGCACAGUCGCCAAAGUGGCAUCGACGCGGUGCACGGCGUAAACCAGCACCAAGAUCCAGAGAUGGACACAUACGACAAUUACACUGGUCCUGCUGAACGGUCAUUUCACACUUCGGGUUCAGAGAACCCGUACAUCCCUACCCCGCCAGCUCACGAGAACCCUUUCUACGGCAGUUCAGAGACCUUACGCGGAGGUACAAACUCAUAUGGAUCAGGAAUGGCACUUGGGGAGACUGGCGCGCCGCCUGCUCUUCAAAACAUGAACCGAUCUAGUGCACAUCUGGCUGAGGCAAGACGGAGUUUUCGCGAUGGAUACCCUGUGCCUGGAGCUGGGCCUGCGCCUUAUGCAGGUGGUCUUGGGAUUGAUGGGCCUUAUCAGCGUCAAUCUCACUACAGUACAAGUGGGGUGUCGGGGGAUAUCAAUCCAGAUGACAUCGCGGAUGACGGAGAUGAUGAUGUUAUACCUGCUCAUAGGAAUUUAGUUGGGCCUACAGCGGCGGGUGCUGUUGUAGGUGCGGGAGUCGGUGCAGGUGCUGCUGCCGGAGCUACAGCGUCAAAGGGCGGAUUAUUUGGAGGUUUCUUUGGAUCAGAGAAGAAUGCGAAUGUGGCUUACGACGCCGUGCCUGGAGGUGGAUUGGAAGCUGGACAAGCAGGGAAAAAGAGUUUAGGGAUGGCAGGGAGGAAGAAGAGAGCGUUGAUUGUCGGAGCAGUGCUUGGAUUUAUCAUUCUUGCCGCUAUAGUCGGUGGUGCUGUUGGUGGCACGCUGGGAACGAAGCAUUCGGAUGGAAAAUCGAGUGACAACUCUGCGUCCGGGGAUGAAGACAAAAACGGGGACUUGGAUAUAAAUUCAUCUGAGAUCAAGGCUUUGAUGAAUAACAAGAAUCUGCACAAGGUCUUCCCUGGUAUGGACUAUACACCAUGGGGAGUGCAGUACCCACUAUGUCUCAAGUACCCGCCGUCCCAGAACAAUGUCACCCGCGACUUGGCAGUUUUGUCCCAGUUAACCAAUAACGUCCGUCUAUACGGUACAGACUGCAACCAGACUGAGAUGACAUUGCACGCAAUUGACAAGCUCGAGUUGACCGAUAUGAAAGUCUGGCUUGGAGUAUGGAUCGACUCGAACACAACAACAGUCAAUCGCCAGCUAGACCAACUCUACGAUGUCUUGGAAAAUACCAAAAACACCUCAAUUUUCAACGGAAUCAUCGUGGGCAACGAAGCCCUCUACCGCGCCGGUCCAGAUAUACAAACCGCCGAAACGACCCUCAUAAGCUACAUCAAAGAUGUCCGCAGUAAACUCAAGAAACGCAGUCUGGACAUAAAACUCGCAACCUCUGACCUAGGCGACAACUGGAACGCGCAACUCGUCAACGCCGUGGAUGUAGUAAUGUCGAACGUCCACCCCUUCUUCGCCGGUGUCAACGUCACCGCUGCCGCAGCCUGGACUUGGGAUUUCUGGCAAACGCACGACGUCUCCCUAACACAGGGAACGAACAAGAAACAAAUCAUUUCCGAAGUAGGAUGGCCUAGUGCAGGAGGAAAGGACUGCGGCAGUAGCAAGACUUGUGGACCUGAUAUUCCCGGUUCAGUGGCAAGCAUCGACAACAUGAAUACCUUCAUGUCGGACUGGAUCUGUCAGGCAUUAGAAAACGGAACAGAUUACUUCUGGUUCGAAGCCUUUGACGAACCGUGGAAGAUUGAAUUCAACACCCCCGGUAAAGACUGGGAGGAUAAAUGGGGUUUGAUGGACUCAGCACGCAAGAUCAAACCAGGUCUUAAAAUCCCCGAUUGCGACGGCAAGACAGCUUCAUAA